AUGGGCCUGCAUGAGAACUACCCAGCAUAUGGGGGCCGCGGCCCUAGCGAUCUACGCCUGGGUCUUGGAUUGGGAUCAGUGGCCACCAUUUUCAUGAUUUUACGAGUCUAUGUACGACUUCGUGUCAACAAAUUCGGCACUACGGCACUGAUUCUGUCCCUUGUCGCUUGGCUUCUCACUGCGAUUACGCAAACCUUUGGUGUCAUUUCGAUUCUGCAUGGACUUGGAAAUCAUCUAGAAGUCAUUGAGGAAACUGGCGAGCUGCGUAAUUAUCUCUUUUUUACAUGGGUCACGGUCUUCUUUUUCAACCUGGCCAUUCCAACGGGAAAGAUCGCGGUGGCAGCGUUUCUGAUUGAGAUGAACGCUCAAGGCAACCCCAAGAUUCGCCGCAGUCUGAUCGCUGUCGCCGUGCUUAACAUCGUCCUAAAUAUUCCGCAAAUCUUGCUCGCCUGGUUUCAAUGCACCCCUCCCAAUGCUCUUUGGGAUCCCUUGCGACAGAGUCAAUGUGAUCACCGCACAAGUGUGCACUAUACAUACUUCGCUGGCUCCGUGGCAGCACUCUCGGAUUUCUAUCUGGCCAUUAUCCCGAUCACGAUGUUGGCCCCACUCCGGAUCGAUCGCAAGCUGAAGUGGGGUUUGAGUUUCCUCAUGGGCUGUGGUAUUUUCGCCGGUGUUGCAGCUAUUGUGCGAACAUGGGCCGCUAGCUUUAUUCUGGGUGACGAUCCGUCGUACGGUGUCGGUAUCCUAUUCCGCUGGGGUGAGGUCGAGGAAUGGGUUGUUCUCAUUUCCAUGUCGAUCCCACCUGUCUGGCCGCUAUUCCGACCCUUCACCCAUCGUUUCAUCAAUUCCCACGGACAGUCUCGCAGUGCGCCUCCAUACAAGGGCUACAAUCAGUAUCCCUCGUCAAGAGGAGAUCUCACUUCGGCGGUUGCCGGUCCUAUCAUUACGACCACUAUCUCCAUUUCGUCGACCAAGGGGCCGUCAGCUGAAGCUGAACCUGUCCGUACGGCCUCAUCAGCCGGCUCUUUCUCUAGAUAUGACGAGGAAGAGCCUGAGACCCCUCAUACGGUUCUUAGUAGCACUAGUGGCCCGGAAGGCUGGAUGGAAAUGUCUCACUACAAGAACCAUCCACAAUGA